AUAAGGAAUAACGAGUGAAUCCGUAUCCGCGGGCUGUUAGCUCGAGUCCUCGUCGAGGCCGGGACACUAUACCGAAUAUUCGAAUAUUUAUCUACAACAGUCGCAAAAGGCUGAACAUUGAACAUCUUUGAAAUUCUAAAAUAAUACUCCAAAUGUCAGAGGAGUCGGCAGCGCCUGUGGGCGACGAUAAUUCCGAGAUGAAGCCGGGUGAGGAGACCAUGUCUCAGGAUCAGGAGGAGGUAUGUAACAAGGAUACAGAAUUGAUGAUGCUCGAGGGUGAAACAAUCGAGGAUGAGAAGAUGCCGUCCUACAUGAAUGCCACCAGCAUUUCGAGCUCCACAAAACCCGAUGACUCGAGGACUGAAAAUGAUGGACAAACACAACCUCAAUUUGAGACUAAUGAAAGUACCGGAGAGCAGGAGCGCAACGAGCAAAAUUCAGAGGGGGACAGGAGCAACAGUAGUGUUGUGGAGUUGGUGACAUCGGGAGAGGAGAGCGAUCGAGGAUUCGAUGGAGUCGAGGAUGAAGAGGAUUAUACCACUGAUGACGAUGGAAGGGAUUUCGAUGAUGAAGACGAUGAAGAGGAAGCUGAGUAUUUGAGACGCAAUAAUGAUGAGGAUGAUGAUGAGGAUUAUAGUGAGAGUGAAAUUGAGGCUGAACAAUUUGAAAGAUCUUCUGACGACUUCGUUCAGCGUCCAUCGGAAGUAUUGGAGAGUCAAGCCAGAGAGCGAAGCAGAUCACUGCAAGACUUAACAAGCCCUACCCGGCGAAUUGGAAAAUUCAAUAGUAAUAGACAGCAUUCCGAGCUAGAUGGACGAGCAGAUUUUAAUCUUGGUGGUCAGAGGAGAUGUUUCUUGGGGGGACCCAAGUAUGGGCAUAUCACCAGCAAGGUGAAACAGUACAUUCACGGGAUGAAAGAGCAGAGUCGCUUGUCAAGGCAGAGAAGAUCAAGGGAUCCACUUGAUGUCAAUCGAGAAUUAGCCAAUGUCAUUAAGAGAGAUCAAGCAAUGGAGACAGACAUUCGCGUGAACCCGCAAAGUCGUCUUCUCAAAAGCUAUAUGGAAAAUAAUAUGAAGCACAUGAUAGUAGAGGAUCCAACUCGUGCUGAGGACAUGACUGUAAACCGCCAUUUAGUUGAAAAUGGUGCUGAGAUAAUAUCCGUCGACACAGGAGAAACUUUGAAAAAGUCUUACGAUACGACAAUGGUAAUGGAGGUUGAUAAAGAGAAUGAAAUUUGUCCGGAUAAACAUCAGCAUCAGCUGGAUAAAAAACCUAAUGGAGUCAUGAUUGUUGAUUAUCCAGGACUAUCACCAGUUGAGCCGAAGCCUUCUGUCAAUUUGAAAGACAACCAAGAAGUGAAGGUCGAGACUCUGACAAAUGGCAAGGAUGAAAUGAAGCAGAUAACAAACUGUCAAUCGGUUUCAUACGAGGAUUUCAUUAAGGGAAACUUCGAUGGUAACCAAGAUCAAAAGACUGAAAAGCAGAGGAAGCCCCCCUCUGAUCCUCUUGAAUUGACCGCAAUAAUACAGGAAAAUAUGUCGGCAGCUCCAAGUGCUCUGAAAAUCCAACAAGGAGAACCGAUCUCCCAGGAGAUUGUGAUAAGUACUAGAAAUCCUACAGAGAAUCCAGCAGUUGUUCUCUUGAAAGCUCAGUUGAAUAAGAAAGUGGUGGAGUGUGAUGGAAUUAAGGAAGAUUACAAGAGAAUAGUCAACAAGAACUUUCAGCUGAGGAACGAUUACAAUUUGAUGGCGGAUAAGAACCUCCAACUCGAAAAAAAAUUGAGUGACUUGACAAAGACUCUAGCUCAGUACCAGAAGGAGAAAACAAAAGAGAUGAGAGCUGUUGAAGUGCAAACAGAACCGCUGUCAACCGUCAUUGAUAAAAGCCUGGUAGUGAGCCAACCGAAAGUUGAACAGGAGAAAAUGUCGAACAACAGCUUCAGGUCGAUUGGUUCAGGUCCAAGUUCAAUAGAGCAGUGGACGGAUAGCAACUGCAGUCCUUCGAUAUCUCUAAAACCUCCAAACGUCGGUAGCAUUUUAAACUCAGAUGACAGUCUUUGUUUAGGAACGCCUCCAAAGACAACUCCACGCCCGAUCUCUCAAGCAUUUUAUACAAGUUCGAGAAUAUUGCAGACACUUGCCAACAUAACCCAGGGUAAAUCAGAUCCAGCUAAUCCAAACACUGGCGGAAGAAGGAAUAAUGCUCCAGGUCAGUCAAAAGAACCGAUAAGUCCCCUGGUAACAAAUGAAUAUCGCUCAAGAAAACGCAAAGCUAGUGAAUGUUUUGGAACGCCUGGUGUUGAUUCACAACUGUUCAAAAUGCCCUUUCUCAGUAACAAAUUACGGAGAGAAUCCAAUUCUGGUUAUGAAACAGAUGCUGGAGAUAAAACCACGGUGGAGUCACCUGCUAGUCAUAAAAAUGAUGGAAAUAAACGUGAUGAGGACGAUGUUGAGGAGAUUGAAGUGAAUGAUGGAAUAAAGUGUUAUGUUUAUAAAGAGGAUAUGGAUAGUAAGGAAAGGAGCUUUCUACUACAGGCUGAGGAGACUAAUAAAAUUGGUAAUAAUGGAGUGGUCAGAGAGUGUGGGCCUUUUUUGUUGGCUAAUCUUGAGGUUAGAAUGUCGGAGGCCAAUGGAACACUCAAUAUUUGGGGGCGAGAGAUAAAUCAAGAAUCUACAUCCGUCGAUGUUGAAGGGGCAGACUUGGAAGAAGAUGUACUAGGGAACGAGGCAUUUUGGCCAAAGACUCCAGCGGAAAAAUUGAGAACAACUCCGUUUGUGUGUUCCACGAACAAGAAACAAAAAUCUGGAAUAACAACAGCGGGAAUUCGGUCUAGAGUGCCGAAAAAAUUGCGCACAGUGUUGAAUCGUGUUGCUGGGUCAUAUGAUGAUCAAGUGGACAGACCCUUUGGCAGUAUGCCAAAUUUGGACAAUCCAGGGGUACAAAAUUGUCUCAGUUGUCACCAAAAACAGGGAGGCCAUUCACCUAUCCAAAUGGCACCCAGAAAAUCUAGCUGCUGUCCUCACAAUCACGAAGUCAAUAAUUACGAGUGCGAGACUGUUCAGAAUACUUGUGGUGCUGUACACAAUAUGACCUGUCGGGGAAUAUCCGUCUCCAAUCCUGCCAAUCUUCAUGUUAAACAUUCCUGCAUGAAUUAUGCGCAGAAUGAGGUCUGCAAACAUCAGCUCUCCUCCCAUCCAUUGACUGGAGACACUGAGGAGAUUUAUUGUCAAGUACCGAAACGCUGCCACUCCAUAGACAUUCCAUGUAACUCAAGAGGUGAAAAUAAUUGCCCACGAGGGAGGGCUCACAGUGAUGGACAACCGGUAUUUGUUGGGGAUACUGCUCCUCUUAUGCAGUCAGGGUCUUCCGAAGGAUCAGAUAAUUCCAAUCGUCGUCUCUCAGGUAAAAGAGUACGUGGAUUUCUCCGGGAUUUUUUAAAAGGUUGUGGUGAUUGUCGUCAUUCACACACGACAAGUUUAAAUACAGGCCAUCUCCAAGCUUCUGAAACACCAAUACCAGAUAUUCGUAUUACAGCAGCCCCCGAUAGUGGCUUGCACCAUCAGCCACAUUCCUCUAGUAAUGAUAGGGCACCGAAUUCAAUUGCCGAUUUUCAAUUGCAAUUUGAGCAACUGAUGGUGGACGUAGAGAAGAUAAAUACAAGGUCCAGAACAUUAUUUCAAAUGAUGAACACCCUAUGCAAUGUGGACUCUCAGUGAUCGUCAGCGCUGGGUGAUGUUUGAUAACUUUAAGCCAUUCACAAUAAUUAAUCUUAUGUUUAUCGUCUUAAUUCUCUUUCAUAGAAAUCGCGGACAUUUCAUCUUUUCUUGGCUUUACUUGUAAAUAGCCACAUUUUUUUUUUUUAUUACUAUUAAUUUUGUCAACGUUAAUACCAAUGGUACAUUUACAAGAGCUCUUAAUAAAUGUCUUCUGUUCCUUACACCGAA